AUGGCAGCCUCUCGAGAUCUCUCGAUGCGGUACAGUUCCUCACCCGAUCUGUCCGACCCUCCUUCCGGUCUAUCAGAAACCACCUCGCCUGUUCAACGCGCCAAUGCCAGGGCCAACGAGCUCAUGCUGGACCAGUCGGCCUACCGCUUCGACGUCACUGGCCAGCCCGUUCUGACCAAAGAUGGUGUACCCCGAAGGAAACCAGGCCCCAAGCCCGGUACGAAGCUGGGCAAGCGCAACGCCAACAACAACAACAAUAAUGCCGAUGGCGGAGAUGCUGCCAAGGUUCGAAAGCCUAGAAAACCCAGGGAUCCUAAUGCGCCCCCGACAUCUCGCAAACGCAAGCUGGAUAAAGCUGACCCUGAUUCAUCCGAUCUACACGUCGAGGAUCGAUCCGCCAGCAUUGGUGCUGGCCCUCCGCGCCAGACCAAGCUCACUGAUAUGUCCUCCAACCUGGGCAGGCUCGAGCCCAUGGCACAGCCUCUGAAGAGAGAGGGCUCAUCAGGCCAACCCCGCGUCUCCAACAUGUCGAGUAUCCUGAAUGCCGACCCAGAGCCUCAGCCGCAGCCUAAUACAACCCCUCGAUCCGGCGGAACCAACUACGAUCUGACCAGACCGAGUUAUGACCCCGUCCGCGGUACCAUGGUCUCCCACCAUUCUUAUUCCAACCCAUUGGCCUCUCCCCGCGCCCCAACAAGCGCCAUCAACCGCGCGAGCGCUUCACCCUCGAUUGCGAGUCUCGUUGAUCCUCCCGUUCACAAUAUCAUUUCGCCAGUCCCAACACAUACUACUUUUGCCCAUAGCAGUGCCCAGCAAUCGCAGCAUCGGCAAGACUCGAACUCGGUGCCCGCAUCGCCUCAGCCCUUCAAGACCCCGAAGGACUUUCCUCCGCCCCCGCCAGCAGCGCCCAAAUCCACCAUUGCCGAAUCCAAAAAGGAGACUGCGCCGACCAUUACGAGGGCUCAGAUCGAAAUCCGCCCGUCGUCCAUCACCAGUAUCGCUGCUGCCUCUAAACGAACCCCGCCCAAGAACCAUAGUCAUGCCUCGGGAUCGCCCAAGUUUGGUGCUCAGAAGAACGGUCUAGAGAUGCCUGGCGACGAGCGAUCGAUUCUGGACUUUGGCAAGUCUGGCUCUGCAGUCACCACUCCAUCCAUUGUGCUGCAUAUUCCCCUGACGGGAGAGAACAAUAAAUACGUAAACUUCAUGCGCAUGGCAGAGGACCAAUACGGCUGGGAUGCUCUUCAUCCUCGCCAGGCAGAGGCCAAGGCACGAAAGGCACGAAUCGCAGCUGCAUCUGCUGCACUUGCCCAGCAGGAGGCCGGCCGCGAAGGUGACGAGAUGAGCGUUGACGAAUCCGACAACGAUGACAGCAAUAUCGAGAUGGGUGGUAUGAGCGGCGCCGACAAGCCUGAUGGCAAGAUCAAGAAGAAGAAGCGACACUUCAAGGAGGACGAGUAUGACAAGGAAGACGACUUUGUGGAUGACUCGGAGAUGCUCUGGGAAGAGCAGGCUGCGGCUAGUCGUGAUGGCUUCUUUGUCUACUCUGGCCCGCUAGUACCAGAGGUCGAGAAGCCUGAACCCGGACGUGGCGAAGGACGACCUGCUCGUGGCCGUGGAUCACGCGGUGGACGCGGCGGUGCUGGACGUGGAACCGGUACAGGUCGUGGACGUGGCGGCGGCCCUGGCUCUCGCGGCGGUGUUGUGCGUAAACCGCGCAUGACAAAGGCAGACAAGGCUCAAAUGGACCGUGAAAAGGCUGAGCGUGAAGCAGCAUUCCUGAAAUCGACUAAUGGCGGCGGAAACUACAAUGUCCUUCAUCCGGCUAGUCCGCAGUUUGCAGGCUUGUAG